AUGGCAAAGGAUGGUCUCAAAGUUGACAAAAAUUUUAAAGUGCUUGCAUAUCGAAGAGCUGCAGAAGAGGUCAACAGAAAGUGCUUGACUGAAUACACGAAGGAGCAAGUCAUGAAUCAUGUCAAGUGCUUGAAGGGUAAAUAUUUUGAUAUGCGCACUAUCAUGAACAUGAGUGGGGCUAGUUAUCAUCCAGAAACUAAGAUAGUCACCAUGGAUCCAGAUUGUUUUGAUAGGUGGAUACAGGACAAAAAAUGCAAUAGCUCUAGGUUGAAGGAGUAUCUGAACACUCCUCUCAUUCACUAUGAUAACUUGUGUUGCAUCGCGGGAGAUGACCAAGCAAAGGGUGAUCUCACCAAAGAUAUGACUGAAAAGCUAGGCUCUAAACAACAUGUUUUAAUAGCUGACGAGGAGCAUGUCGAUCUUAGUGAUAAUGAGGCUUGGUCAUCUGUUGGUUUGCUGCAGCUUUGUUUAUUUGAGCUGCUUGCUUGUGGGUUUGCUUGUAGCCUUGGUCAUUUCUUGGUUUGUUGCAGCCUUGUUGCUGGAUGUGGUUGUGCUGGUGACUUUAUUCUCCUGACUGGUCAUUUGUUGGGAGUUGUUGGACGUGGUUGUGCUGGUGACUUUAUGCUCCUACAUAAUUUGUUGCUUUGCAUUGUGCUUGUGGGUUUUCUUGUGAGCUUGUGCUUUAAACUUGGUUGCAAAUGGAUUUUGUUGCUGGAGGUCACUGAUUUUGUUGCUGGAGAUUGGAGGGCUGCAGAAUCUUCCAAAGUGUUCUCUGCCUGGCAGAAUCAGAUUGAAGGCGGCAUUCUUCAUUCUUUGAUUCGUUUGGUGAAUCUUCAAUCUCUUGAUCUUUCUCAUAACCAUUUGACUGGUCCCAUCCCAUCUGGGGUUUUCCUGCUUAAGAACUUAACGAAGCUGCUGUUGUUAUCUAAUGAUAUUUCUGGCUCUUUGCCGCCUGAGAUUGGGGAGAGCAAGUCUUUAGUCAGGCUGCGGCUUGGUGACAAUAGAAUUGGCGGGAAAAUCCCGCCGGAGAUUGGCGGGCUCACCGGACUGAACUUCCUAGAACUUUCCGGCAACAGGUUAACCGGGCCGGUGCCCGAUUCGAUUGGGAACUGCUCUCAGCUGCAGAUGGUGGAUAUCAGCAACAACACAUUGUCCGGUGGGCUUCCAGCCUCUCUUUCAUCUAUAGUUGGGCUCCAGAUACUCGAUGCUUCGCUCAAUCAGUUCACUGGACCCAUACCCGAAAGCUUCGGGAGAUUGGUCUCGAUGAACAAAUUGGUGCUCGGAGGCAAUUCGUUCACCGGGUCGAUACCGAAAUCACUAGGGGAGUGUUCUAGCCUUCAGUUGCUUGAUCUUAGUAACAAUCAGCUCUCUGGAACAAUCCCUGAUGAACUGUGUAGAAUUGAAGGGCUCGACAUUGCCCUGAACUUGAGUAGAAAUGAGCUCACUGGCGAAAUACCGGAUAAGAUUUCAGCACUCAACAAGCUCUCGAUUCUUGAUCUCUCAUAUAACAAGCUUGAAGGGAGCCUGACACAACUUGGGUCCCUUGAGAAUCUUGUAACCCUAAAUGUCUCUAACAACAACUUCACUGGAUUUUUACCCGAUAACAAGCUAUUCAGGCAACUAUCAGCUGGCGAUCUUGAUGGUAAUCAAGGCCUUUGUACUCACGGUGGUGAUGUUUGCUUUGAGAACCAUACAUUAUCUGCAUCCAUAGACGAAGUGAAAAGGAUUCAUAAGCUUAAGCUAGUGAUCGCUCUUCUGAUCACAAUGACAGUUGCUAUGGUUCUUGGAAUGGUUGGGAUUAUUCGAGCUAAGAGAUUUGGAGGUCGGAAAGGGAGGGAAGAUGAAGACUCUGAGCUCGGAGGAGAAAUGUCGUGGCCAUGGCAAUUCACUCCAUUUCAAAAGCUCAACUUCUCAGUUGAGCAAGUAGUAAGAAGUCUUAUUGAUGCUAAUGUUAUUGGGAAAGGCUGUUCAGGGGUAGUUUACAGAGUGAACAUGGACAAUGGCGAUGUGAUCGCAGUUAAAAAACUCUGGCCUAAUACUAAUUCAAUGGUGACGACGAAAGAGGAAGCUAAUAGUAACAAAGUUAGGGAUUCGUUCUCUGCUGAAAUUCGAACAUUGGGCUCAAUUCGACAUAAGAAUAUAGUUAGGUUUUUGGGCUGUUGUUGGAAUAAAAGUACCAAGCUGUUGAUGUAUGAUUAUAUGGAGAAUGGCAGUCUUGGUGGCCUACUCCAUGAGAGAAAUGGGUUCUCGCUUGAAUGGGAUUUGAGGUAUCAGAUUAUACUUGGAGCGGCGCAGGGGCUUGCUUAUCUUCAUCAUGAUUGUGUUCCUCCGAUUGUUCAUCGUGAUAUCAAGGCAAAUAAUAUACUAAUUGGCUUGGAUUUUGAAGCUUAUAUUGCUGAUUUUGGGCUUGCUAAGCUUGUUGAGGAUGGGGAUUUUGGGAGGUCUUCUACCACUGUUGCUGGUUCUUAUGGCUACAUUGCUCCAGAAUAUGGAUACAUGAUGAAAAUCACAGAGAAGAGCGAUGUCUACAGUUACGGCGUAGUAGUUCUCGAAGUCCUGACUGGAAAACAACCAAUUGACCCCACGAUCCCUGACGGGCUCCACGUCGUUGACUGGGUGAGGCGAAGAAAGGUGAGUUUAGGUGUGCUCGACCCGAGCCUUCAUGGCCGGCCAGAAUCUGAGAUUGAGGAGAUGCUUCAAGCUCUCGGUGUCGCCCUCCUCUGUGUCAGCCCGACACCAGAUGAGCGGCCCACAAUGAAGGAUGUCGCGGCGAUGUUGAAGGAGAUUCGAACAGAGAGAGAGGAAUACGCAAAGGUUGAUGUUCUUCUUAAAGGCUCUUCGACAUCAGUCAACGAUAAUAACAACGGCGGUAGUAGUAAUAACGGUAGUUUUUCUUCGUCUUCGUCUUCCAAGGUGAGAUUGCCGUUUUGAUGGUUAUCGCUGGGUGAUGUUGUCGUCAUUGUGUCUGUUUUGUUGCUGGUUGUGUCUGUUUUUGUUAGAAUUUGUAGAGGUGGUGGGGUAUGUAAAGGUGGGAGGUUGGGGAUAUGUUAUUUGUUUUGUUGUUGUUGUUAGUAUUUGCAGUAGAUAUGUUAAGAUACAUGGUAGAAUAAAAGUGAGGGUAAUUUUGAUUAGGGUCUA